CUACAAUCACUGAAAAGGGGGGAGCACAUGAAUUUCUGGCUUAUACUUCUACGAUAACUAAUGACUUAUGACACUACCCCCACUCCUUAAAUGCUCCGAGCUUGAGAUACACACUAUUCAAUAAUGGACGACCUAAAUGGCCUAGAUUGGUCUGCCACCCCCAGCGCAAAUAGCAACAAGGCACCCCAAGGAACUGGGAACUACUACCCCUCCAUACGCUCUUCACAGCCCGCUCAAUUCCCUGGGCGUACAACGCCUCUUUCGAACCAAGCUUCCGGCCUGUCCAGACCGCCAGCUUCCUCUCCUUUUGCGCCUCCCAAAUCAGCAUCCCCAGAUCUCUUCUCGAACCUGGUGUCCUUUGGCUCUUCGAAAGCAAACACCUUGACCCUCCAACAACAACAUGAAAAGCUGCAGGCAGAAAAGAGGAAACAGGAGGAGGAGAAGAGGAGGCAAUAUGAUGCUCAAUUUGGGGGCUCACAGAAUUGGGAGAGUUUAGGAAACAGAACGCAGAGUCCAGCACUUCAACCCACGAUUGCAUCGCAGAGCUCAGCUUCUGCUCCGAAACCCUUACCGACCACCUUUGCGAGAUCGCUAUCUCCAGCUGUCAACUCUGGAAAUGUUGCAAAUGGAGGGGACGACGAUUUGUUUGCGGCUUUCAAUCAAGAUACCAAGGUUGACAAUGCGAGUUUCUACCCUCCUCCAUCAUUACCGAAUAGUGGGAAGAGUACACCAGGGUCUGGGACGGAAAAGAUGGUCGAUUUGAGCCAACCACAAGCUUGGGAACAGCCAUCAGCAUCUCUUGGGGGGGCACAGUUUGGUGACGACGAUGAUCCAUUUGGUUUGGGUACAAUGAAGCCAGCGAACUCGGCGCCUGUACCAACCUUACAAUCUGCGGAUGAUGAUGAUUUCUUGGGGGAUUUAGGAAAACCUGUUAAGGAAAUCAAACGGCGUAGUCCCGCGGUCCCAUCAGGACCACCUACGCCAUCACCCGAAUCUGAGUCGGAAGACCCUUGGGAUAAAGCGGUGGCCGAGCUUGUAGAUAUGGGAUUUUCGGCCGAACAAUCGCGAAGGGCUUUGACAGAGAGCGGAUCCAGUGUCGAUGUGCAAGCUGCUGUGGGUUGGAUUUUGAACGAUGCACACCGUCAAGCGAAGCAAAAACAGCAGAGCCGGGAACCAAGUAGGACCAGUACUCCAACAGACGGCGGAAUGCGGGAGCCAUCUAGAAAUGGGGGCAGGAAGGAGCAAAAGCCAUCUUGGAUGCGGGAAGAAGAGUCGAGACCACGCCGAGAGGAAAGAUCACCAAAUGGAGAGGCCGAUCUUUCAAAAACUGCUGCUGCUGUUGGCAGUAGUUUGUUCAAGACUGCUAAUUCUUUAUGGAAGACUUCACAAAAAAAAGUACAACAAGCAGUUACAGAAUUUCAGCAGGAGUCAGAUCCUAGUCAGCCAAAAUGGAUGAGGGACGCAGCAGAAAGAGAGCAUGCUGAAAAGGUAGCAGCAGCCUCCGCUCGUAGCAGAAAGUCAAAGUCUACAGUUCCGGACGUGACAGAUGAGGCAUUGAUGUUAGAAUCUGGUUCUCGACCUGCACCCAAAAAGGGAAAAGCUCGCUACCCUGAGCCAAUGUCUUCACGUGACCAGUCACCAGCUUUUGCAAAAAGGCCUACCUCUGAGCGGGUUCCAUCCGCACCUCGGUGGCAACAAUCUGCUCCAUCUGAUCCUCGUUCUCGCUUAACAAAACAGGCGAUAGAAGAGCAAUCCGAGCAAGCAUAUAUAAGUCCUGCUCGAAGAAAGAAGACUCCACAGCCUGUUCGACAGCCAGAACCAGAGCCAGAUCUUCUAUUCGCUUCAUCUAGUAUUCCGUCAAAAACAAGCUCAGACGCGGGUUCUUCUCGCCCAUCACCUCGUGUCACGCCUAAACCUUCAACCCCCAUCCCAGUGCGGCCAAAAGCACCACCACGAAAUAUCCCAUCUCUAUCCCCUCACGCUUUAAACAGCUCCAAUGAACACCGGUUAGCAGGAACUACACACUUCAAACGUGGCGAUUAUGCAGCUGCUCACCAAUCGUACUCCGCAUCUCUCCUAUCGAUUCCCUCCUCACAUCCCAUCGCCAUCAUCCUCCUUUGCAACCGUGCUCUUACUUCUCUGAAAACCGGGAUCCCAAAAUCAGCCGUAUCAGACGCUGACACAGCGAUUGAACUAAUUGGACCAUCGCGUGGGGACGGCGAGGCCAUAUCCCUAGGCACAGAGCAAAAAGACAUGCGUGAGUUCUGGGGUAAAGCCCACAUGCGAAAAGCCGAAGCCCUGGAGCAAAUGGAGAAAUGGCGUGAGGCAGGAGAAGUUUGGAAACUUUGCGUGGAAUCUAAUGUUGGAGCCGCAACCGCUAUCCAAGGCCGUACCCGUUGCAAGAAAGCACUUGUUCCCAAACCUGUCGCUAAACCUGUCUCUCGUCCUCCACCUAAACCCAAAUCUGCACUUUCGGACCUCUCAUCUGCUUCUAAACCUGACUCCGCGGCGGUCUCUCGCCUUCGCGCUGCGAACAUCGAGGCUGAGAAGGCGGAUGAUGAGAAAUUUGCGUUGGCGGAUAAGGUUGAUGCUAGGAUCUCGGUGUGGAGAGAUGGAAAGAGAGAUAAUCUACGCGCUCUGCUGGGGAGUUUGCAGGAUGUGAUGUGGGAGGGCUCUGGAUGGACAAAGGUUGGAUUACAUGAGCUUGUGCAGAAUGGACGGGUGAAGAUUUGGUAUAUGAAGGCUAUUGGGAGGUGUCAUCCUGAUAAGGUAUGUUUCAUUUUCUUUUUCCUUCCUCUUUUUCUUCGAGCUUGUCACAACUCUUUGCGGAGGAGCAAGAAAAAAGUAGAGAGACAAAUUUCAGAAAAUAUGCACUGAUCCCUUGCAUUGUAGUUACCCCAAGACGCCACGAUGGAGACGAAAAUGAUCGCUGCGCUCGUCUUUGCUACCUUGAACGAGAGCUGGGAUAAAUUCAAGCAGCAGAAUGGGAUGUAA